CUUCUUUGCUCAUCUUCAUCUACCAUCUCUUCCUGUCGAUAAUCAUGGCAACGACGCGUAUAGCCGGACGACUACUCUCAGCUGGAGCUUCCAAGAGCAGUUUGCAAGCUGCCUCUCAGCGCUCAUCUACCACAACCAUAUCAUAUCCCCGGUGCCAUCUCCGGCUCUCACCGUCGCCACUACGACGAUUUGAAAUUCCCAAUCUUACCAGCACUACUCGCUCCUUCACUACACCCUCCUACCUCUCGUCCUCUACCUCAGCCGCCGGCCCAGAGAUCCCGGACAUAACCAACCACUAUACGAUCUUCCGGAACACGCUCCCCGCCGGCCCGCCACCGCACUCGCCGUUCUCGAUCUCCCCCGCGGACUUGCGCCGCGAAUUCCUCCAAUGGCAGGCCCGCAUCCACCCGGACAAAUACCCCUCGGGUCCGCAGAAGCAGCAGGCCGAGGCUCUGUCCGCGCGGAUCAACGAGGCAUACCGCACACUGCUGGACCCCCUGCAGCGGGCGCAGUACCUCCUCCGCGAGAUGCACGGGAUCGACGUCACGGCGGAGGAUGGGGCGACGAAGCAUGCGCUGGACCCGCAGACGCUCAUGGAGGUGAUGGAGGUACAGGAGACGAUUGAAGAGGUCGGGGCGGACGCAGGGGCGGAGGAGACGAUCCGCGAGUUGCAGCGGGAGAAUGAGCAGCGGGUCCAGGAGUGCGUGCGGGCCUUGGAGGAGGCCUUUGACGGUGGGGAUAUCGAGACGGCGCGGACCGAGUGUGUCAAGUUGCGGUUCUGGUAUAGUGUUGGGGAAGGGCUGAGGGAGUGGGAGCCCGGGACGAGAGAGAUUCGGUUGGUACAUUGAUCGAAGAUGGGGUUGGAUCCAUACAAUAUGUGUUUAUCUUGUGUAUACUACUCUCUCUAGUUUCCAUGCCUCCCUUGGUAUUUUGUGGAUGAAUAGACAUAGAUGGUGUUGAUGGGAUUAAUGAUACCUUUUCCUCUCUUUGUGCCAUUUGGUUGUGGUGAAGGCGGGGGGUAUGUGGUCAUUGUUGUCUACUUAUUGGUAGGGACUGUGGCCUGUUGAAUCACACCUUGUCACUGUUAGAUUAGAUCA